GUUAUUUUAAUUUUCUGAUGCAGGCAGUCGUUAGUUCCUUUCCUUAUAUUGUGUUCUUUAAUGUACUGUGACAGUUUUCUAGAUUUAAUGAAUUUGCAGUACAUCACAGUAUUUUGAAUCAUAACGCCUCCUGUUGCACACUGAGAGGGUAAAGGAAGCCUUGAGGAGCAUCUGCUGAGUUCUUGUUGAGGGUGCAGUCCAGCUGUAAAACGUGCAGCCGUUGACUUUCUCGCAUCUCGCAUCACGUGGUCUGUUGUGCAGGUUGUCAGAUUAAAGUCAGGAUUGUGGCCUCGUGUCUCCCUGCACUCCAGUGUCAUUUCUGUCAGUUCUGUCUGUUGUUGGUGGACUGAGAUGCAGACGUGAUGUGGUCUUACAGCAGCUGCUGUCAGGCCUCCACAGUUCUUCUCUGUUAAACCCCCACUGAGGCGGGUUAGCGUGCAGUUCGCCUCCACCUUACACCAUACAGGCCUCAGUAAGCGUCCAAGCAGCGGCAGCAGUGAGAACUGUAGAAUGACAAUAAGUCGCCUCCUCGUUUGACAACUUGAGCUGCACCACCGCCCGGACUCCAUGUGCUUGGACUGGUUUAUGUUGUGUCAUGUCCCACGGAGAAGCUCAGUUCUGGUGUGGCCACUUCUCAUAAGGAUCUCAGUAAAAUCUCGGUGCCUUCCCUGAGCCGUCAGAGAUCAGGACUCUGUUUUAUCUAGAACAGCCUUCAGUCUGUGUGUGCGUGUGUUGGAUUUCCUGCAGCCUCUGGUGUUUUCAUGUGACUUCAGGCUCUCCUCAUGAUCUUAACCAGAUGGAACUCAACAAAGGAACUCAGAUGGAAUCUGUAGACACAAAACAUACAGUAAGAUUAUAUCACAAGAACUCAAAUUUCAUUCUGCUUACUCACCAUGCAAAAUGAAAAUCAAGGAAGAGAGUUUGACUGAAAAGUUUUUGUUGGUGCAGGUCAGACAGCACGUAAGAGGGUGGUUCUCACUUCAGCAGCAACUCCAAGCUGCUUUUCCUCAUCUAUUAAUAGCCGAAUCAAACUCACAUGUGUGACUUGGCGUCUGCUGGCCCACGUUCUUGCUGCCGUGUUGGAGGAUGGCCAAAGACGUGAAUGGACAUGUAAUUACAGAGUCGUCUGACCUUUUGAGACGAUAAGGACACACUCUGAGGGCUCUUACAGGCUGAGACAGCAGCAGACUUUUCACUUACAGAUUUACUUAAAACUUUGUUUACGGAUGAGUGAUAAAUCCCAAACUGAAGUGUGUUAGGAAGGUGUUUUUCAGUGGACUUCAGUGCUCCCUGUGCACUUAGACUCCCUGAGCCUGCAGAACUCUGCUGGAGUGUUGAAUAGUUUUCUUUCAGAAGAUAUUCAGUGAUCUGGUGUUUGGAUAAGGAGGGAGGAGAGCACCACGUAGGACGUUGCUCCAAAGUCUCUCACAGGCGUUGAGUUUGUGGGACCUCUAGAACCUCCUCGAGGGCCAUCAGAUCAUCUUUCCAAGUGUAUGUUGUAGGCUGAUACUAGUGAUUUGAAUUGAAAUCUUGGACUGUUCAGGUUAUCUCUUAACAUUCCCAAAACUAAAUUUUGAAUUUCCUUGAAACCAAAACAGAUUUAAUGGACAGAUUUGUCCAUAGUUAACCUGCUUUGUCACUUCCAAUGCUGCAGUCCACGGAGUUUCACUUGCCCUCUGCCUCUGAGCCUAAAACAUGAGAAGUCUUUGAUUUUUGAUUGUAGCAGUGAACCGCUUUGUGCGAGGACAUGAGUUGACCUACACAGCAGUGUUGGAGUCAAACUUGAUCAUCAGGCUUGAGUUUUUUGGCUAGCAGGGUGGAAAACCUCCUUUAGUCACACUGAGAAAAUAACAAUGACGUUUGUUGAGCUUAGGAGACGUAGAUUUUAUUAUCAGUAACUAUUGGCGAUAUGUGGAACCAUUUUGGUAGAAGAAGGACUGGUUUCCUUUUAACGUUAACAGUUAGUGAUGCUACAACUGGUUAAAACAAUGACCUGGGCCCGGGAAAAAGGUUAAGAUGUUAGUUCAACAUUAGUUUGGGGCCUUUUACCUUCAACCUGUAACUCAUUAGCUACAGCAGCUUGCUUAGUUUAUCUUUCAAGUCCUGUAUGAAAGCACACAAGGCUAACCUGUAUGUGUCUGAAUGCAUGUACAGUACAUAUGAGAAAGAGUUUCCCAUUGAAUGACAUGAAUGUUUCUAUCUAUUGCCAACUGAUUUUUGGUUUGUUAUGUUUUUGAUGCUGGGAAGAUUGUGUGUCAUGAAAAUGGGCUCGGGGGAUCCUGAUGAAAGUUAAGUUUAGAGUAAAAAUUUUAGGACUGACUGCCAUCCUGACUGCAGUGAUAAGAUGCUUAUGAAUGUGUGCAAAUGUUGAUAUUAACUUUGUCUCACUGUCUGCUUCCUGAUGCAGGUUGAAGAGAGGAUGAGCAGAUGGAGGACAGACCUGGUAGUCCAGUUCUACCUCUGACCCUCUUCAAACAGUUUGGCACUUUACUGGAUACAAUGAGGUCAAGGGAUCAUUUGCACAAAUAACCAAGAUCCACAGAAAAAGAAAGGACUUUUAGGUGACUAAAGUGCCAACAUGUCUCAGGCAGGUAAAGUGCUCCACCUGUAUGUUGAGGUGAGGUCUGUUGCUGAGGAGGAGGGGAAGACGUUGGGAAGAAGAGAUGAUGGGACUGGUCACCUGAUGCUUCAGUGCCCAGAUGUCCUCCCUCACUCUCAGAGAAGCUCCCCCCGUUCCAGCCCCAACCGCACUCCGGAUCUUUCUCCAGUCUCUCAGCACCAAACUGGGGCUGGAAGGCACAGCAUAUCCCCCCCAAAGUCCUCCUCCAGGCACUCGGUCAGCUUCCAACUCCAAACCCCUGACACUACCGGCUCUCCUACCCAUGUUCAUCGACAGGAUGUUUUGUAUGACAGUUUUGGUCAACUACUCCAGGUCCUUGUGCCUCAGACUACCAGUUCGGCCCAGCAUGGCUCACUGGGACAAACCCAUUGUUCUGACAUGGAUCCCUGCCACGGAAGAGUGCUAAUCUCGUCACCUUCCACUUCCUCUGGGAGGCUGACUGUACCUGCCACACCCACCAGCACCCGCGGGCCCUGUGAUCCAGGGGUUGAGGAGGGGAAGACAUCUUUGGUGACCUUUGGCUACAUAGAGAAAGCAAAUGUUCACAGCAUGGGGGGCCGCCGUACCUCUGUGUGCCAAAGUGAGUUAGACAACCCCCUUUACAGAAGAGAGGGACAGGACCUGCCUGCCCAUCUCCAAAAGAGGCUGAGCGACCCGGUGUGGUACAAUGGUCAGCCAGGGCAAGGCAAUCCUUACCCCAGUCACUCCUUCCUGUCUCAACAUCACUCCCCACGAGGCUCGUCCUAUACACAAAGGGCUACCCUGGGUGCAGUUGCCCGAGAUGCCACCUACAGGGCCUUGGAAGAGUUUGGAUCCCCAGCACUCAGGCACAGAUUUGCUGCUCAUAGCCCAGAGAACUGCAGUCCAACCCUGCCACGGCACUAUCAGUCUCCUCGCUGCCGGUCCUGGUCAGGAUCCCCUGUCCUUCCCCGCAGUACCUUCACUCUACCAUCCAAAGUCCAGCUCCGGGAGCUGGAUGGGGCAGUCUGCCGUAGUUCAGUGAAUGGACUACCCAGAAGUCCUGCCUCUGACCACCUGUGUGCCCACACUGGGUACUCCUCCCACUCAGUGGCCCCAUCCUCAACUCUUCACUGCCGUGGCCUGACCCAGAGUCAACAGAAGCCAUGGGUGGGGGACGAGAGCUCCAGGUUAUCAAGCAGAUUUCAUCCACCUUUACCUGCGGGAAGACCCACAGACAUCCAGCAUCAGAUCCCCACUAGCAUGUGCCCUACCGGCAACCACUCCAGGACUGGCUUCCAAGUUUGUGGAAACCCUCAAAACAGUGUUAGGAGUAACUAUAGUGCUAACAUCACCAACACCAGUCAUAAUGCUAUACACAAUAUACACUACAGUGCUAAUGAUGCCAGCAAGAAAUCCUCACGCUGCAGUAGCAGAGCCAGUGAUGCAGCCAGCCCUACCAAUGACAGGAGAAGCAUCUCCCCUUCCUCAAAUGCUCAAUUGGCUUCGAAGUUAGCUGUUGAAGCUGCCAAACUGUCCAAUAUUUUUGCAGACAGACGGACUCCGUCUCCAACACCUUCUCAAGUGGAGUCACUGAGGUCAGACAGUCCCAAGAUAGGAGGGGCAUUCUUAAGAGAAUCUGACCCUUAUGCCACUCGUCGUGGGCAAAGCUCCCCUGAGCAGAAUCACAGGUGGAAAACAGACAAACCAAUACCGCAAAGCAGACCAGGAAGCAUCUCACCUGUCUUAUCUCAGAAAGGCUUAUGUUCACCAGCGUCCCCAGGUUUGCCAGCUAGGUUGCACUGUGCAGCCACCUCCCAGUCACCAUUCUUGGACACACAGCAGCAACGAGGUCCAUUUCCCACUAAAGACUUGUCUAACUUGCAUCGCUACCAGUCACCUCAGUACACUGGAGUACACUGUACACAGUACAAAUCACCUGGAGUGGAGCAAAGCCAGCGUGAUCAUCUCUUUGAUAGCUCACCUAGGGACAGGCCUGAAGUCUUCAAAACACUUCUCUCCAACCAAAACAUAGAGGCACUGCCCGUGAGCUGGCCAUCCUGGCCCCAGGGGAGGAGGGAGGCUGUUCCACUACAGCUCGCAGACAAACUCUGUGAAGGAAGCUACCGACAGUCAAACUCUGGAGUUUACACUCCAAGCAAAGAGGAAUGUCUCAGGAAGGUUGGAGGAGACAAAGGAAUACAAAUGUCAGUGCAGGGCUACCAGAUGCCAGUUAUAAGUGUGUCCAGCGGUCAGAGAGAGGAGGUUCAGGACCACAGUGGGGCUGCUGGGACAUCCUCUCAAAGCUCCAGCGGGGUAACGGGCAGCAUGGGAGAUGGGUCCCAGCUGGAUAGAAACGACAGUCUGUCCCCCGAAACCUCAAGCCAGUCCAGCCACGGUACAGCGGACCCUGGCUCAGGGAUUCAGUCAGACGGCGGCUCAGCGACAACUCCGUCUUUGCGAUCACAGAAGAUCGCUCAAGCCAAGUGGGACUUCCUGUUCGGUGGGCAGACGGAGGAAAGCCGCUGCAGUGAAGGCGCUACGUCCACGACGCCUCCGGCCAGCAUCUCUCCCAGCCCCACCCCUCCCUCCUCCCUUCAUCUAAAACCAGCCAAUCAGAGGAGGGGACGGGACGGUGAGGGUCAGAAGUUGUCGCAUCACGAAGUGCAGCAGGUCGAAGUGGAACUGGUGACCCUCAAGACCGGCAUCAUUCGCCAAACCAUCAAAUACUCCGAAACGGAUCUAGACGCUGUACCUCUGCGGUGCUACAGGGAGACCGACCUGGACGAGGUGAUGCGGGCGGAGGCGGAGGCAGCUGAGGAGGCGGAGGCAGACUCGGCCUUUGGGAGCAACCGCAGCGUCCUGGGAAACUCCAGCCUCAGCCCCAUUGAUGCUUCCCCAAAACCCCGUACAGGUGGAGGGAAGGAGGAUGAAGAGGAGGAAGACGAGGAUGAAGAGGAGGAGGAGGACGAGGAGGAGGAAGGAGUGGUGAGCUGGGCCAGUGUGCGAAUGCUGGGAGACAGACAGAGACAGAGAGCCACCAAGGAGGAGGAUGAGGUGUUCAGUCUGCUGCUGAAGGGGCCACUGGAGGCGUCAUCGAACACACAUGGUGGCCUCAAGUCUCCGAUCUCCCUCGGCAGUCCCCGUCGACCCUCCGACGGCAACCUCGACUCCUUCAGCCGGCAUUUUGAAAGCAUCAUGGAGUCCCACCGGGCCAAAGGCACAUCAUACAGCAGCUUAGACAGCGUCGACCUUCUUACCUCUGGAUCCACAUCUGUGUUCACCUUUGACCUGCCCACCCUGACCCCAGAGAUCCAGAGUCAGAUCUGUGAGAGCGCCAAGCAGAUUAUUGAGCUGAGUUUCGCCCCGCUGGCCCAUCCGGACCCUUCUGCCCCCUCAGAGUCUCGCUCCGAAAUCACCCUCAGUGGGCUCAGAGGCGGCUCCAAAGACGACUGCAGCCCUCCGGUUCGAUCCAGGUCUGAGAAAGAGUCGUGUCGUCGCUUCAACCACAAAGAGUGCUUCCGCAAGGCGAGCUCGGCCCCCUCACUCCACAGCAGCCACAGGGAGCGUCCGACGAACCGCCCCCCCGAGCUGCUGUACCCGCAGGCUGACGUGGCGGAGCGUUUGGCGCUCGGCGGCAGCGACGAGGCGCUGGCCAACGGUACGAAGGCCGACUUGCAGGCGGCCAAGCGUCUGGCCAAACGGCUCUACAACCUGGACGGUUUCAGGAAGUCUGACGUGGCUCGACACCUGAGCAAGAACAAUGAGUUCAGUCAGAUGGUCGCAGAGGAAUAUCUCAGUAACUUCGACUUCACCGGCCUGACCAUCGACCAGGCUCUCAGGAAGUUUCUGAGUAAGUUUGCUCUGAUGGGAGAAACUCAGGAGAGAGAGAGAGUCCUCGCUCAGUUUUCCAGGAGGUACCGACAGAACAACCCAGAGAGUGAGACCACUGAAGACAGCAUCCACACUCUGACGUGUGCCGUCAUGUUGCUCAACACGGACCUUCAUGGAAACAAUGUGGGGAAGAGGAUGUCCUGCAAUCAGUUCAUCUCCAACUUGGAAGGUCUAAACAAUGGAAAAGACUUCCCCAAAGAUCUGCUGAAGACUCUGUACAGCUCCAUCAGGAACGAGAAGCUCCAGUGGACCAUUGAUGAGGAGGAGUUGAGGAAGUCCAUGUCGGAGCUGACUGACGUUCGAACAGACUCCGCCUCCCACACCAUGAAACGACUGGGCAGUGGAGGAAACCCGCUGGUGGGCGUCGCCCAGCAGGCCGACGGCGAGCUCUAUAAGAGCGGCUUCCUGGUCCGCAAAGUACACGCCGACCCCGACGGAAAGAGAACUCCACGGGGUAAGAGGGGGUGGAAGUCUUUCUACGCCAUGCUGAAGGGUCUGGUGCUGUACCUGCAGAAGGAUGAGUACCGUGCGGAGCGAGAGCUGACGGAGGAGGAUGUGAAGAACUCCGUGUCCAUCCAUCACUCUCUGGCCAUGAGAGCAGCCGACUACAGCAAGAGACCCAACGUGUUCUACCUGAGGACGGCGGACUGGAGGGUCUUCCUGUUCCAGGCUCCGAAUGCAGAACAGAUGCAGUCGUGGAUCACCCGCAUCAACGUGGUGGCGGCCAUGUUUUCAGCGCCGCCGUUCCCAGCGGCGAUCGGCUCCCAGAAGAGAUUUAGCCGUCCUCUGCUGCCGGGAUCCAACACCAAACUGUCCCAGGACGAGCAGGUCAAAUCCCACGAGAGCCGCUUCAGGGCGGUUUCCUCCGAGCUGGCCGACCUCACUGCCUCCACGCCGGACCGUAAGGUGAAAGGUCGCGAGCUGGAGGAGCAGAAACUGCGACAGGAGUACCUGGAGUUCGAGAAAACCCGAUACGGUACAUACGCCAUGCUGCUUCGGGCCAAACUGUCGAGUGGAGACGAGGACCUGUCGGCCUUCGAGUCGCGGCUGUUUGACGAUGGCGGCCUGCAGAGGGCGCACUCCAGCCCCACGCUGCCUCAAGACAACGCCAGCAAGGAGAAAACCCGCGGAUCCAAGACAUCAAAGAGCUUAAAGGUCACAUCCUCUUCGUCUUCGACCUCCAAGACCAGCGGCAGCGCCAGAGAGGGAAGCAAGAAGAACGGCGGCGGAAACGACCAGCGACUGGAGCUGCAGAAGCAGAGCAGCAAACAGGAAGAGGCGCCAUAAGUUCAGGUUUCACAUGAGAGUCGAGCUGAGGCGUUCAAGUGCUCAUCGUGGAGGGGGACGACUGAACGAACGAGUGGAGCGUUUUUUUGUUGUUGUUUUUUUUUUCAACGAGUUGAAACGUUCAGGAAACACUAAUAAUGUUUGAAAAGUGUCAUGUGAGGACCACGAGUCAUUUCAAACACAGCUGAUGACUUUCAGAGUAAAAGCUUUAUUUCCUGUCAGACCUGUCAUUUCACGGACUCUCUGGAAGCUUUUUUUGUUAAAGUGAUGGAGACAAAAUGUCUCCCGCUGGAUCAGAACACAAACAGUUUGUUGUGGUUGUUUCCUCGGAGCGACAAACGCUGACCUCCCGCUCGGCCGUCGCUCUGCCUCUCCUAGCAACUAACGGGGGAGCAGGUUGCCAUGCCGACCGCAUAUGACGGGCAGAGAGCGUGGGACUGUUGCCAUGCCAACCGAGUGAAGGGGAGAAGCGAGGAUGUGGGGGGUUUAGACUCUGGAGUCAGGACUCCCCCGGCCAAACAAACAAACAGAUAAACUGACAGAGGAACACGAUGCCUCCUCCCCCGCACUUCACAGUGUGUGUGUGUGUUACAGCAGAGGAAAAGAAGUACUGCGAGUACACAGUAAUACUGUGUUAGCACUUGUGUGCUUGCAGGAGUGUAAAUACAAGCCGAACAUGCUGCAGUUUGUUUUAUUCAUGUUGUUUUCCUCACUGACGUAUGGAGGAACAUUAGUGACUGAAAUCUACUGAGCGAUCGGUCUGCAGGCCGAGCACAUCGUCCCGCCGCCGGUGCACGGCAACACGUCUCUUUGCCGCCUCAGAGUUAACCCAGGUGGAAGCACAACUUCCUCUUUCUGCUCCAGAAGUGAGAAAACCUCAUCCAGAAUCCCAGAGACAUUUAUAACAUCAGUCCUGUGGUUAGUUCGCUUCCUGUGAGAUCAUAGCUGCAGAGGGAAGUGACAUCAUGACUUUGGCUCUCUAUACUGCUGUAAAGGUUCUGCUUAAUAUCAAACAGACCAACAAAAAAAAUGUUAACUCGACAAAAUGAAGAACAGCAGCUGUGUCAACAAGAAUUCAGCUCAUUUUAAGAUAUCAGAAUAAAUUAAAUGAACAGAAACGAUUAAAUAAGAUAAUUCUGUUAUCAGAAACAGUAAUAAGGAAGGACUAUGGAGACAUUACAUUCCUGAAAGAAAAGGCAGCAGACUGGGCAGCUGGCUGUGUCUGGGAGUCCUUAAAAUAAUUAUUCUUGUGUGGGAAAAGUAUAGCAAGGCGAAAGUAGGAAAGAGCAACAAUUGCUGUGGACGGUUUGUUUUGUGUUUGCUCCGUAGUUUCGUCACUAAUGAACCUCCAUAAUUUUACUGUGCU